AUGGCGCGGGAGGUUGCGCUGCUGAAGGCAGCAGUGAAUCGAGCGAUUGGGGUCCUGCGCAAGCGCCACCCCCUGGGCCAAGUGCUGGAGCGCGCAGAGGGCGCGCUGUGGGACGUGCGCAACGCUGCAAAGGCGGCUGCCGGCGCGCGGCUGUGGCCCGGCACGCUGCGCGCGCUGCUGCCCCUUGUCAAUCAGCUGGCUACGUCUCGGGCGGCGCUCAAGUUGCUCCUACACCUGACCUCUGGCGAUGCGGCGGCCCGCUGCCUCCAGAUUGUUGAGGAGCCGGGGCUGCUGGCGGCGGUGGUGGCGCUGGCGGGCAACCCCAAUGCACUCAUAGCGGAGGAUGCGCUCAAGCUGCUGUCUGACCUAACGUGGGACUUAGAGCGCAGCGUAAAGGUGGUGGAGGACGAACCUGGGGUGAUUGCAGCCGUCACGCGGCACAUCGUGGCCGCCGUGCCGCACGCAGGAAGCAGCGGCGGCAGCGGGAGCCGUCGUGCGGGCGGUGGCGGCAGCGGCGGCAGCGGCGGCGCCGGCGGGGCAGCCAGCGACACGGCGACGUCACAGGCAUUAGAUGUGGUCUGCAGCUGCUGGCUGCGGCGGCCCAGCGAGCUGCAACUGCCCGAUAGCCCCCGGAGCUUCCCGCACCCCCGCCUCCGCUUCCCGGCCACGACCGCUGCCGCGCCGAGCUCCGCCGCUGCGGCCCCCGUCGCCGUUUCGGGCCGCAGGAACAUAUCAGUGGGUCAUUCCAGCUGGCCCUCGCUAAUGCGGGAGCCUGGCUUGGUGCCCGCCGUCGCCGCGCUGCUGGACCACCCGCGCCCCACCAUCGUGGAGGCCGCUGCCACGAUACUGGCAAACCUCUUUUUGGGCAACAAGCGCACGGUGAUACAGGUCGGCGGCGCGGACAUGUGCGGCGCGGUCGGGCGCGCUCUGGCGCGCUUCUUCCUGCGGAGUCAGGCGGCUGGCGGGGGCGGCGGGCAGGAGGACGCUGGGUCAGGUGAUGAGACGUGGCAGCAGUUCCUGGUGCAGGGCCUGAAGCUGGCAAGGGUGAUUGCCCAGGACAUUCAAGGGGGGUAUGCGCUGGGAGCCGCCUGCCCGUCCCUGCCCGUCCUGCUCAGGCGCCACCUGACGCACGCCAAGGAACCCGGCGACCACCCGCCCGGCGAGGGCCCUCUCGCCUGCGACGCGCGCGAAGCGUUCCACGGCCUCGUCGCGAACAGCGCCGCCGCGGCGGCUGCAGCGGCGGCCGACCCAGACGCAGCGCUGUUCUCUGUGUGCGACGGGGGCUGCGACGAGUGGGGGGUGCACCCCAUGUGCAGCGUGCUGAGUCAGUUGGCCCCGGGCCCCGCGCGCGACACGCUGGUCCAACGCCAGGCAGACUGCUUCGCUGCGCUGUCCUCCAUACUCGCGCACGGCGGCGUCAUGAGGGCCGACGUGAUUGCAAGGGCGAUAGGCGCUGCGGCCUCGGUGGUGGACAUGGCGGCGUCGUCCGGCGGCCCGCACAGCGCCGUGCUAUGGCAGCAUGGAGGCCUCAUCCUUGAGGUCUGCCGCCUCGCGCGCCUCGCCGCCUCGCCUCGCGAACCCAUCAGCGGCGACGGCCCCGCACGCGCCGCGGCGCGCGCCGUCGGGGCGCUGGCCAAGCGCAUCCCCGCGCUCCCCGCCUUGGACAGCGGCACUUUUGCUGCAGGCGCGCAGCUCGUCGCGGCGGCGCGCGCAGGUGGCGACCCCUCCAGCCUGCUGCGGCAGCCGCUGGGCCAGUGGCUGUACCCUGAGCUGCUCAGCACUGCGCUGGCAUGCCUGCAGCCGCCGGCGCACGAGCUUGCAGACACGUGGUGCUCGACCGACGCCGUGCACCGUUGUGCGGCGAAGGGGCGCGUGGAGCUGCAGAGCGCUGCUGCUGAGCUGCUCAGCGCCUGUGCGAUGCGCGGGCCUGAGUACGCGCGCGCACUCCAGGCCGCGGUGGCGCUCGUCCCCUCGGGCGGCGACGCUGCGAUUGCGGCCGCCGUCCGGCGCUUCAAAGGCACCCCGGCCGGCCAUUUGGCCCGUUUGCCAUAUCUUGUCCCCUGCCCCGGCGUCCCGGGCGCAUGCUGGACCUUGGUGGCCUCGGCGGCAACAGAAGGCACGUGCUCCCACGAGUCCGCCCGCCAGAUGCUGGCCGCCUUCAUCAUCACCGCGCUGCAGGACCCGCACGGCCCGCGCCUCGACCUGAACGGGCAGCUGCCGCCGCAUAAUGCGCUGGCCGUGUGCGACGAGCUGCGGGCCGCGCUGCUGCGAAUCGGCGGCUGCGGGCGUGUCAGCGCGCUGGUGCUGCUGGCGCUGGGGAUUGAAGAGGCGUGGCGCUGCAAGGCGCUGUGCUGGAUAGAGAUGGAGGCGGGGCGCGCGGGCAGCGGCGGAGGCGGAGGCGGCGAUGGGGACGGGGACGAGAGCGCCGGCGCGGCGGCGUGCCCGAGCACCACCUACAUGCGCGCCCACGCGCUGCUGAACGGGCUCAGCUCAGACCUGCGCACAGCCCUGCAGGCGCGUGAGGACUGCCUGGCACUGUUUGGCGCCGGCAGAGGGCCACGCGCAGGCAGACCUGGCGGCGCCGCGCGCGCCCUUGCAGCCGGACACCCUGCAGUGCGAGUCGCAGUGGGUGGGCCCUACAAAAGCGACUACGAUAGCACCUGCUUGCUGAUCGCCAGCCUGUUCGGCACGGCUCAUGCCAGCGACGAGUCAGCAGCGCAAAGCGCGCGUCUACGGGGGCUCCUGGAGGCAUCGCCCCGCCCGGCGGCCGCGCUGGAAGCUUCCAGGGCGCUGAUUGCUGCGUCAGCGACGCGCGCCGAGUCGAAGUCUAGAGAGAGGUACGAGGCGCUCAUGUGUGACGUAAAUGCCGCGGCCGCGGGGCAGCCAGAGUGUCCCGCGGGCGCUCGGCCGGGGGCGUUGGAGGAUGCGCAGGUUGCGCCACGGGGCGAGCAAGGGCGAGGGCGGCGGCAGCAGCAGCAGCGGCAGCAGAAGGAGGAGGAGCAGCAGCUGCUGCAGCAGAAGGAGGAGGAGCAGCAGCAGCAGCAGCAGCAGCAGCAGCAGCAGCAGCAGCAGCAGCAGCAGCAGCAGCAGCAGGGAGAGCUGGCAGGGCAGCAGCAGCAGCACCAGCAGCAGCAGCAGCAGCAGCAGCACGAUUUGCUUGAGCCCGCUGAACACCGGCGAGGCGUGGCAGAAGCCCAGGCAGCAUCAACAAGCUCGGCAGCACAGAAACCAGCAGGAGCAGCAGCAGGCGCGGCAGGAGGCACAGGCGCAGGCGCAGGCACGGCAUCUGGUGCAGCAGCAGGCGCAGGCAAAGCAGCAGUUGUAGGAGCAGCAGCAAGCGCGAGAGCAGCAUCCACAUCGGCGUCCCCGACACAGGCACUACUAGCAGUGCCAGCUGGCGCGGCUGCGGUGCCGACGGGUCCCGGCCUGGACCAGCAGCGUCGGCAGCGGCGCGGCUGCGCAGCCUGCGGCAGGACCAAGGCGGAGGGCGCGGCGCUGCGGCGGUGCGCGGGGUGUGGCAGCUUGACGGGCGUGCGGUACUGCAGCCAGCGCUGCUGCCGAGACCACUGGUGCAAGAUGGGCCACCGCGCGGAGUGCGAGGCGGCGCAGGCGGCGAAGCGGCUGAUGGCGCCGUAUGGGGGUGCCGGCGUCAGCAGCGGCGGAGACAACGGCAGUGGCACGAUCAAUGAAUAA